UCUCAGAUCCAGAUGCUCUUGAAUUGCAGCUCACAUCACACGCCCCCCCUUGUUUGUUAGCCUGUUGCUCCCAAUUGCUUCUGUUCACUAGCUACGCUACUGUAAGUCCCUCGAUUUGAUUCUGAUUCAUGUAUGUUUGAUUCCGGCUGCCUUUUUCUAUCUAUCGCAUAUCACAUCCGCCCAUCCCCAUUCCACAGGCACUACUUGUGCUACUACUACAUGAUGGAGGGUGUUCUGAUAUCGAAAUACCAGCAGCAUCAAGUAGAAAAAGCGAGACAAGACAAAACUAAAGGGGGGGAAGGAGAGCUCAGGUGGACAAAGUCACGCGAGUUACGGUGUGGAUGCCGAGGCGCAACCCAUUGGCCAAUGGAUUGGGCGUGUGCCGUCGCGCUGCUACUGGCCAAUUGUUCCAAUGUUGCCCUUCUUCAGCUUGUGCCUGUUGCUGUACGAGUAUGCGCGUUGCGUCUUCUUCUGCAGGCAGAUACCGAGCGUCCUCCUCCGAUAGGAUACAGGGGGGCAACUUGCUGGGCCUUUGUGCUUUGUAUCGCACAGGUAUUCUACAGUACGAGCCCACGGUAUGGGCAACAAAGGGCUCCUCCAUGUCACCGAGGUCGGAUGGGAUAAGACGGCCGGGCUCUUUUCGCUUGGAGAUUGGGCCGCUCUGAUCUGACAGCGCGCGCAGAGACGACAAUUGGGAGGGAUGGCGAUGGACCAGUAGGUCUGCGCCAACAGAACACAAGAGCGGUCAUGUUUCCUGUUCUUUUGCUCUUCUCCGUUACCAUCAAUCAGCAUCAGCAUCAGCAUCAGCAUCAGCAUCAGCAUCAUCCUUCCUGUUUUUUCUCCUUCAUUUUCGUCGCUUCUCCCCCGCGCAUAAACAGUGACAACUAACAAAGAAGCAUCCU